CGCGGGACGGCGACCAAUGGGCUUCGUGCAGGCGGAAGGCGCGGCGGCCAUGGCGGCGGCGGCGGGCUCGCGGUGAGGUUUUAGGACUUCGGGCGUCGGGCGUCGGGCUUCGCGGCCUAGGCGGCCUCAUGGAGCGGGGCUUCGAGGAGACACCAUCCUCGGAGAGGAUGGAGGACGAAGAAGAGGAAGAUGAGGAGGAGGAGGAGGAAGAGGAGUUGGACCUCUUUGGGGGCUACGACAGCUUCCAGGGCUACAACAGCAGCCUGGGCAGUGAGAGCAGCUCUUACCUGGAGGAGUCCAGUGACAACGAGAACGAGCUGCAUGACCGUGAGGCUGGGGAGCUCCCUGCAUCUCCCGCGCUGAUGCCCAGCCCCACCACCCCUCGCUCCCAGGAUGGCAGUGGCUCUGAGCCAGCUGUCUGUGAGAUGUGUGGCAUCGUUGGCACACGGGAGGCCUUCUUCUCCAAGACAAAGCGGUUCUGCAGCGUCUCCUGCUCUAGGAGCUACUCCUCCAACUCCAAGAAAGCCAGUAUCUUGGCGAGGUUGCAGGGGAAGCCGCCCACCAAGAAGGCCAAGGUCCUUCACAAGGCUGCCUGGUCUGCCAAGAUUGGCGCCUUUCUCCACUCCCAGGGCACGGGGCAGCUCGCAGAUGGGACCCCGACGGGGCAGGACGCUCUGGUCCUGGGCUUCGACUGGGGGAAAUUCCUAAAGGAACACAAUUACAAGGCGGCCCCUGUCAGCUGCUUCAAACAUGUUCCGCUGUUUGAUCAGUGGGAUGAUGUGGUGAAGGGGAUGAAGGUGGAGGUCCUGAACAGCGAUGCCGUGCUCCCUAGCCGGGUCUACUGGAUCGCCUCAGUCAUCCAGACAGCAGGCUACCGAGUGCUGCUUCGUUACGAAGGCUUUGAGACUGACUCCAGCCAUGACUUCUGGUGUAACCUGGGCACUGUGGAUGUGCACCCCAUCGGGUGGUGUGCGAUCAAUAGCAAAAUCUUGGUGCCCCCUCAGACCAUUCACGCCAAGUACACAGACUGGAGGAGUUACCUCAUGAAGCGGCUGGUGGGAGCCAGGACCCUCCCGGUGGAUUUCCACAUUAAGAUGGCAGAAAGCAUGAAGUACCCCUUCCGUCAGGGGAUGCGAGUGGAGGUGGUAGACAAGACCUACGUGUCCAGGACACGCAUGGCCGUGGUGGACACAGUGAUCGGGGGGCGGCUGCGGCUGCUCUAUGAGGAUGGCGACGGUGAUGAUGAUUUCUGGUGCCACAUGUGGAGUCCUCUCAUCCACCCUGUGGGCUGGUCCCGCCGCGUUGGCCACAGCAUCAAAAAGCCAGAGAGGCGAGGGGAGAUGAGCAGCCACCCCACCUUUCGCAAGAUCUACUGUGAUGCCGUUUCCUACCUCUUCAAGAAGGUGCGAGCUGUCUACACAGAAGGAGGCUGGUUUGAAGAAGGGAUGAAGCUGGAGGCCAUCGACCCACUGAACCUGGGCAAUAUCUGUGUGGCCACUGUCUGCAAGGUUCUCCUGGACGGCUACCUGAUGAUCUGCAUUGACGGCUCCACCUCUGUGGAUGGCUCAGACUGGUUCUGUUACCAUGCCUCAUCACACGCCAUCUUUCCAGCCACCUUUUGCCAGAAGAACUCCAUUGACCUUACACCUCCAAAAGGGUAUGAUGCAAAGACCUUUGACUGGACCUCGUACCUUGAAGAGACCAACUCAAAAGCUGCUCCUGCUCGACUCUUCAACAUGGACUGCCCCAACCACGGCUUCAAGGUGGGCAUGAAGCUGGAGGCUGUGGACCUGAUGGAGCCGCGACUCAUCUGUGUGGCCACAGUGAAGAGGGUGGUCCAGCGGCUGCUCAGCAUUCACUUUGAUGGCUGGGACAGCGAGUAUGACCAGUGGGUGGAUUGUGAGUCACCUGACAUCUAUGCCGUGGGCUGGUGCGAGCUGAUCGGCUACCAGCUCCAGCCCCCGGUGUCUGCAGGUCUGUCCCCUUGGCGCCGCCACACAGGCUUCUCUUCCAGGGUGGGCCGCGAGGAAUCCACAACUCCCCAGCAGACCAAGGAAGUGAUGAGGAAGAAGAAGAAGCCAUUUGGUAAAAAGAGAAAAAGGGUCACGACCAAGACACGCCCAGCAGCCAAGAAAACCCAGCACUGACCAAGCCCUAGGCUGACGAGAGGCUACAGAGAUCUGAGCUAAGCCCCUCACCUUGGCUGGCCCAUGGUGCAAGGAGUCAGGACCCCGUGUCCAGUUGUGAAGCUGAUGGUCCUGUCACUCAGCCAUGGGGUCCCAGGGCCUUCUCUGUGGCCUUGUCCUCUGGGAGUGAAGUCAGAAGGGGAGGGUGAGCAGACCCUAGCAGCCUCCAUGCAGGAAUCCUGAGGACACUCCACCUUCCCCACCUUCUUGACACCCUGUGUCAGCUUCCCUGGGAGGGUCUCCUGAAGCUCCAGGGCCUGGGCCCUUUAAGGGGAUGCUCUGGAAGGAAGCCAGUGUGUCCCCAGCUUGAACCAGCCCCGACCUUGGAUCAGAAAGGAGCAGGCCUUCAAUCACUUCUUCCCCUCUGGACACAUUUUUCCAGAAAGGAGAAAAAGCCUCUUUUUCCUUUAAAAAAUCAUGUUCAUUGCCAGGAUGUGAAGCCUGACCCUGCACUGGGGAGGAGAGCUGACCAGUCCCCAACUCCCUUUGGAUCCUUCCCCUUCUUUCCUCCUUCCAGCCUGGCCGACCUUGGGCAGGAGUCUCUGACCCUUAGUUCCUAACUUCCCAGGAGGCCCUCGUCUGUCAGGCAGCCUAGGGCCUUCUGGCCUGAUUUCAGUAAAGAGCAGGGUAUGGGUGCCUUCCUGGGCCCCACACCUGGAAGGAGAAGGAGCAAGGUGGCAUGUGAGGCAUCUCCGGGUAUGCUUAGUGGGAUGAUGGGCUGGUGGCUGUACCCAGCCGUCCUUGGUACUUUGGAAGGCUGCAGCAGGGAGGGGCAGGAACCCUCCACCCACCCAGCCGCCAUGACAGCAUGGGGAUUGGUGGAACGACCUUCAGAGUCUAAGACCCAGGGCAGAUGUGGAAUAGUCUUCAAGCAUUUGACAGGUGGUCCUGGGGAGAUGGGAUUGAGCCACUGUGGAGUGAGGCAGCCCCAGAGAAUGGGUUUAAAUGGCAGAGGUAGGUUGAGGCUCAGUGUCAGGAAGACCCCCAACAGUUAGAACCAUCUCUAAAUGGCCUUAGUAGAAAGUGAGUCCCUGUCAUGGGCCGGUACCUUCCAGCAGAGCUAGGAACUGACCACUUGGCUUCACAAACAAGAUUUCCUCUCCAUGUUCAGGGUGAACUAGUCAGUGAUUUGCCUUUCUUUUGCACUUUAAGGUUUAUGAAGCACUUUCCCCAGAAACAGCCCUGUGAAGUAGGUGCCCAGGGAAGUGUAGGGACCUCGGUUCAGAGCCCUUCCAGUACAGCAGGGCACUUCUCCCCGACCUGCCCCAGCUGGUUGUGCCUGGGGAGGGGGUGCCGCUUAGCGGGAUUGGUCAUUCUGAGACAUGCACCUUGGGCUGCAGGAGACCUCCGUCAGACACAGAAGUUACCUUGAGCUGCCAGACAGUCACAUUCGUGUUGGGUAGGAAGAUGAACAGCUGGCCCUUGGAGACCCCUCCAAUGGCCAGGGCUCCUCCACGCUCGACAUCAAACCCUUCAGGGCUCUAGAGGAGUAUCGCUGAAUGCCCAUUCCUCCAAAUGGCCAGUCCUACAUGCAGUUGCUAGCAGGCCCCAGGCUCAGCCACAGAGGCUUUCUGGUGUGGCUCAGGCUCCCUCAUUUCCAAAGGAUAUCACAAAGUGGCUGAUAGCUGCAGUCAUAGAUGCCCAGGAAUUCUAAAUAGAACCUGCAAGGGCACCCCAUUGAAUGCAAAGAAGCCUCUUCAAGCCAGCGUUAUGAAAAGGGACCAUCUGCCGGCAGCCGCAUUUUAGGGCAGAAACUCGCCUGGCUCCAGGUUGUACAAGGAGACAGGGGCCUCUGGGUUCAAAUUCAGACCCUCUGAUCUCAGCUGGAGGGCUUCUCCAAGGCUUCUGUGGUGGGGAGCACUCUCCCUGAGGCAACCACUUCCGUCUGGGGAUACAUCCAAUGAAAAACUUGCUCCUUAUGUUGAGCCCCAAAGUGCUUCUGGGUAAUAGGCCUGUUAGUCCCAGCUCUCUUCCCUCCAUAUGACCAGUAAGAACCGGAGUCCUUCUUAUGUAUUAAAACACUUCACCAAGCCCCCAGCCAUCCUGCUUUCUUCAGCCUCUCUCUAUUACGAGAAGUGUCUGAAUGUGAUCAGACCAAUGCAGAGUCCUCUGGAUGUGAGACUGUGGGGAUCUUUGUAGCACACCGUCUCCCUUUGUCAACUCAACUCAUGGCCUUCCCCGUGAACUGCUGUUGAGCAGUUCAACACAUAGGAACCUGAAUUCAGGUCUUCACGUUGAACUCUAUUCGCUUUUAUCUUGGUGGCAGAUUGGAAUCUGGAUCUUUUGGGAUCCUGGCUGUCUGUCACCCAACAUGGUAGCUAUUCCUCUCAGGUUCAUUUCAAAAGUUUAACAUCUGUUAAUUUUGAAUGAAUUGUAAAAAUGAUUAAAAGCAAAAUAAUUUUUAAGAAUUGAA